GUUAUACUUUCGCUUUGGUCAUUGAAAAAAAACGAUAUCUUUUUGCUAAAGUUUUAACCCUGGAAAAAUACUGACAGAAAUUAAGAGGAAUAGUUCUGCAAUAUGAGGUGCUCUGACAGCACAUGUGGUGCUGUGGGGCCGGGCAAGUUUUGUCAUGAGUGUGGGUCAAAGAUGAUUGAAGAAGUUAAAACAGAGACUGUUGUUAUAUGCAAUGGCAAACAAGACAAUGGAGACCCUUGUCAUUCAGAGCUUGUGAAGGGACAAAAGUUUUGUCCCGAUUGUGGAAUAAAAGUAGACCAGUCAUUAUUUAACCUUCAAGAGGAAAGAUGCAGUAAUUGUAGCAAUAUCCUGCUAACAGGGAAGUCAUUCUGUACAGAAUGUGGUCAUAGAAAAUAUGUUACAAAACAACCUUUAAUUGUAAAGGAAAAGAUAGAGGAAAGAAAAGGAGAACAGUCUGCUGCACAAACUGACUGCAGAAUGGAUGUUGAUUUAAGCAAAGAACGCUCAGCUGACAGUAAUGCCAACAGUUCUUUCACAGCUAGUAAUGCUAUAUCUGAAGAAGGACCUGCUAGUAAUGUAGAAGAUAAAAACAAUAGUUCUGAAAGUGAUAUAGAAAUAAUUGAGACACCAGCAGAUAAUGAGGGUACAUCUAUAAAAGAUCAAACCGGCAACUUGGUGAUAAUACCUUCAAAUCCCAACAAGGAUCUUUCAUUUGAACUAGAGAAAGUUAAGCUUCAAAAUGUUGAGAGAGGAAAUGUAAAUAUAAUUCAUGACCCAUCAGAAACAGGUGUUGAAAAAGAGGGAUCAGGAUCUUCAGAUAGCGAAGAGGACUCUAAAUCUGAUGAAAAUGAUUUAGGUGAUUCAUUUAGUACAACUGGGUCACAAGACAUGGGGAAAGGGCCUACAAAACGUAUCAAAAAGCAGAAAAAGUUAAAGAAGAAACAGAGAAAGGAAAGAGCUGCUAUAUCGAAGCGGGCUACAUUACAAUCAGAAAGAGUUGAAACAAAUACCCAAAGUAAUGGUAUUACUGGAAAAGGCAAUCAAGAAGGUAAAACAGAUCAUCAAACAAAUACUCCCACAUCUGGAUCCAGAUCUCAGGAUAGUGGGUAUGUAUUUGGAGGAAGCUCAAGGUGGGGUGUAAGUGAUCAAGGUGAGGUUAAAUACCCACCUAAAAUCCAAGGCAGUCUUUUUCAGAUUGACAAAAAGAAAAAUACUGAUUCUCAAACAGGCAGUACAACAGAAGUUAAGUCUAAUAGUAAAGAUGAUGAUAUGCAAGAAAAGGAAGACUCUGAUGAUCAAGACACAAAUGAAGGUGCUGAUGGUAAUGAAAAUGAUGUGGACAUGGAGGAUGACAAAAAUGACAAUGAGGAUGAAAAUGAUUCCAACAAAAAAGAUGGAGUGCUUACACGCAAGCAAAAGAAAAAACUAAAAAAGAAAGAAGAGAAAGAGAAGAAAGAGAAAGAUAAUGCA